UGUUAUUAAUUACAUGGCUUGAUAUCAUUGAGAUCUCCACCUAGAAGCUACCUCCCUUCUUCAUCUCCUUCUUCCACACCCUUUAAUAUUUCAUCCCCUCACUCCCACACUCUUCAAUUCUCUACCAACCCUAUCAUUCCAUUCAUUACUUUUCUCCUCUCUUUAUAUACCUCACCAAGAAGUAUCAUCAUUGUAGUCCCAUUGCAAUUUUUGUUACACAAAUUUGCAAUUCUCCACCAACCCUAUCAUUCCAUUCAUUAUAUUUUCUCCUCUCUCUUUAUAUAGCUCACCAAAAAGUAUAAUCAUUGUAGUCCCAUUGCAAUCCUUGUUACAAAAAUUUGCAACUCUCCACCAACCCUAUCAUUCCAUUCAUUACUUUCCCCCUCAUUUUAAAUAGGUCACCAAGAAUCAUCAUCACUUAUACUCUCCUUGCAAUCCUUUGAUAUUACGAAGAGAAAAAAUCGCAAUCAAAUAUAACUGAUACAAUUAUAAUAACAAAUUUGAUCGCAUAAUUUACGCAAUCAAAUAUAUUACGACCACAAUUGCAGUUGCAGACGAAAUUUUAAAAAGUUGUUAGAAGGCACAUUGAUUGUAAUUGCUUUCUAUUUUUUUUUUUUUUUUUUUUGAAAAUGGAGGUGGUGCAACUAAGAAGAUUCAACUCAAUGGAAAGAAGACCAAGAAUGUUGAAAGAUUUUCUAAGCGAAAAUCUAAGCUCAUGUUCUUCAAGCGGAUUCAAAUCACUUCCAAGAAGAACAAUUUCAAACGACGCCGUUAAAAACACUAUUCAAAUUCAUCACACACAUUCAUCAUCAUCAAAAUUUCAAACACUGAUAAAAACCAUAAAAAACAAUGUCUCAUUCUUCAAAAUUACAAAAUCACCCUCCACAAUGCUUUCACUACCACGAACACUAUCACGCAAAUUAUCAUCAAAGAGAAGAACAACAAGUCAAAGAUGCAAAGGAGAAAGAGAAAUUGAAAUUGAAAUCAGUACAGUGAAGAUCAAAGAUAUCAUACGGUGGAAAUCGUUUCGAGAUUUACAACAACCUUCUGUUCCGUUACCGCCGUUUGAUUUUAACCGUUAUGUAACGGAAUCGUCGACGGUUACGACUGCGACGACGACUUGUUCUAGUAGUGACGGUGGUUCUAGUUGGAGUGACGGUGAUUUUUUUAGUGAUUUGUGGGAAGCGCAAAACGACGGCGUUGAAGAGAGUAAAAAAAAUUCGUUUUCAUCUCUUUUUGUCGGCAAUGAUUCGGUGGCACCAUCGUUCGUUGGGACCAAGGAAAAUUUGACUUGCCAAGAUGAACAAAACAGUCCAGUCUCAGUUCUUCAAGUUGCAGAAAAUGAUUUUUCAAUCUUUGAUCAAAGCCUUGCCAAUAUUGAAAGGAGAAAACAAAAAUUCAAACAAACUGCUGAGAAAUUUGAGAGUCAUGUAAAAUUUGACUUUGCAAGCUUCGAUGGAUGUCUCUCAUUGGAUGCAAACUCAUAUUAUAAAGAUGACAAUAAGGAGGAGGAAGACCAAAAAGUUGAAGAACAAGAUUGGGUUGAGGAAAAGGCAAAUCAAUUGCUACAUUGUGUUAAAGCAACAUGUUCAUCAGUGGAAAAAUGUGAUGACAAUUUUGGUAUAGUUCUCUUGGAUUUUUUCAGGGAAGAACUAAGUGGUAAUAGAAACCAAAAGAGGGAUAGUGAGGAGUUUGAGUUGGAGAUAAUGAAAAUAGCUGAAGAUUGGAUCAAUGAGUCAUUUGAAAAUGCUUAUGACAUUGUGCAUGUUAAUAAAGAUGCAUAUAUCAAGGAAAUGGAUAAAAGAAGUGGGUGGAAUAGGUUUGAGGAGGAGCAAGAAGAAUUGGUUUUCGAGAUUGAGGCAGCUAUAUUUCGUAGUUUGGUUGAUGAGAUUUUGACAUAGAUGGUUAACGAUCAAGAGAAACUUUUUUCACUCCCAAAAGUACUUCGGAUAUACACAUUGGGAAAAAACACAGUUUUUGUUUGUCCUAUUCGGAUGUGUACUUCUGGAAUCCUGUGUGAUUUCUAAAAAACGCAGGGAUUGGUAAAGUUGCUCGCUAGUGGUUCCUCUUUUCAAAGUUCAGAUCAAGUAGGCCUUUUGUAGCACUAAAAGGCACAAAAACUUUCAACAAGUUUUUUUAUGGUUGACAAAGUGAACAUGAAUGGCCUUCUUUGUGGUAACUUGGGAUACAAGUCAUAGUUAAUGAUGCUCUUGAAUGAAACAGUGAUGAGAGAUGCUGCAUAGGAGUUGUAAUGGAGAGAGGCAUAAAUUUAGUUGUUGACUUAAAUUUUGGAGUGUUGUAAAUCAACUAAUGAAUGAUAUCAAGGCAUAAUAACUCAUGCCUUCUUUUGUUAAAGUGCAAGUACUUAGGAAGUUUUUAAUUGUUCAUA